CUCGGGGGGUCUGAGCGGCGCGGGGCAUCACGUCAAACCGUCCACAUGCCUGCGGCACUGUACAAACAAUAACGUGUGGUCACUUGACCCUCGCGAAUGUCGCACGCGUCUUCAAAAUCAGCCUUACAAAGGGAAGCAGUACGCUCUCAGGAAACCUACAGUUGUAACAAAAUAUGUCGGAUCAGAUGAGGAACAAGUCGUAGAUGAAGCUGUAACUGAAGACAUGUCCAAUGAAAACUCAGAAAACGAUGUUGAUAUGAAAAGCUUGCCUAAAGGUACAGUGGUUGUACAGCCUGAGCCAGUGCUGAAUGAAGACAAAGAUGAUUUUAAAGGGCCUGAAUUUAGAAGCAGAAAUACCGUUAAAAUGAAACCCGAGGCUCCCAAAAAGCGUGGAGGGAAAUGGAAGAGGUACUGCCUGCUCCUCUGUUGUCCCCAUUUCCAGACCAGGAAAGGUAGCCAGGCGAGGGACAUGCCUGCAGUCUACCUCAAGAGCAGCUGGAUUAGGAAUGUCUCAAACCAGUUUUGUUUUGUGACGGGCGCAGAAGAGACUUGCUACAAGUAUUACAUGAGCGAUGACAUAAGCCGUGAUUCAGAUGGAAUGGAUGAACAGUGUAGGUGGUGUGCUGAAGGUGGAAAUCUGAUUUGCUGUGACUUUUGCCAUAAUGCCUUCUGUAAAAAGUGCAUUUUGCGCAACCUGGGUCGAAAGGAGCUAUCGACGAUACUGGAUGAGAAUAACCAGUGGCACUGCUAUAUUUGUCAUCCAGAGCCUUUGUUGGACUUGGUCACUGCGUCACUAAUGGUGCCAAAAGACUUGCUUAAGAAAACAAAAAAGCUGGUUGAAACUACAGCAAAUCUGAAUUCUAGCUUUGUAAGCUUUUUGAAAAACGCUGCAGAAAAUGUAGAAAUAAGCCCAGCUCUGCAACUUUGUCAGCUAAAAGCUUUUAAAUCUGUAUUGAGUGACAUGAAAAAAGCUCAUCUGGCACUAGAAGAAGGUCUGAACCUGGAGAUUCAAGCUUUGAAUGUUAAAAUCAAAGAUAAAAAUACCAAAGAGAAAAAACCUGAUGUUAGAUCAGAAAAAAAUGAGGGGAGAAAAGAUGAAGGAAAGGAACAUGUGGCAUUAAAAGAGGAUGACACUGCAAAGACACAGACAAAAGUUGUAUCAGAACGGCCUGACAGUGAGCCCAUGGAUCAGAGUGUUCCAGCAGCGGAACAAACAGGUAACAAGCGUACUUCUGGUGAAGAUAAAAGGUCUGGCAGAAGUGAAGAACCUCAGUAUGAACCUAAUAGCACAGAGGCUUUAGACAUGGAUAUAGUGUCCAUUCCCUCCUCUGUUCCUGAAGAUAUUUUUGAGACUCUAGAAUCUGCUAUGGAGAUUCAGAUUACACCAGAUGAGCAAGACAGUGGAAGUACAGGAACAGAUCAUGAGACUCUAAAUUCAAAUAUAAAAUUGAACACUGCUGGGAAAGAUACCAAAGGUGGUACUAAGUUAAAAUCGUCGGCUAAAGGAACAAAAGAAUUGAUUGUAAAAUUGACUCCUGUUUCCCUUUCAGAGUCUACAGUUAAAGCGGAAGAUCAAGACAGCAAUCUAGAAAAGGGAAGUAAGGAUGUCGAUGUAAAACCUAGAGCAGAAAACUGUGAUUCUGUAACACAAAAUCAUAAUGCUGGCAGUGAACCUUCCACGGAGAAUGAAACUGUCUCGCUUGUAGAGGAGUCUGAUCUCAGGAGGUCACCGCGUGUGAAGACGACACCUCUGAGGCGCCCGACAGACAUCAGCCCGUUAACGUCGAAUUCAGAAGAAGACAGCAAUGACACAUCUAAUGAAAAACGUAAGAGAAAAUCAUCAAAACAGCCAAGGAGGAAAAAUGAUAAAAGAAGUUCUACUGACAGCACUGCUGAUGGUCCUAGGCCUAAUAAACUCUCCAACUCAAAGCCAUACGUAUUGGAACAAAGCUCAGACUCGGAUGAGGUGCCAGCUGUUCUUCAGGAAGUAGCUAUGAUGAGUCACAGUUCUUCAGAUGUUGAUAGCAAUAGUGAAGCACAAACGAAUGAUCAGAAGACGUCUGAUUUUCUGAAGAAUCAACCAGUGAAGGACGAAAAUGGAAAACGAAAACGAAAAAGUUCCAGUUCUGGUUCAGAUUUAGAUGCUAAAAGAGAUGAGGAUGCUGAAAAGUCUUCCCCAGAGAAGGGGGUGAAUCGUUCUUCUAAAGAUAAGGAAAUCAGUAAGGGGUCAGCUGCUAAGGAAAGGAUAAAAGAAAAAACUGUCAAGGGAAAGCACAGUGAGUCUUCUGAUGUUGACAAGUCUUUGCUGGAGAAGGAGGAGAGUUGUCCUAAAGGUGCAAAGCUACCUGACGACGUUAAGAAGAGCAAGGAUUUGAAAAAGAAAAAGGCACAGGAAGAUUCUUCUUCAGAGAGCACUGAGAAAUCUGCAAAGAAAGAACGCAGUUUUGAUUCUUCAAAAGACAGAUCCAAGAAUAAAAAAGGAUCAGAAAGCAAAGUGAAGAAAUCAGAAAGAUUGAAAAAGACAAGUUACAAGAAAGAGCAACAUGAUUCCUCUUCUGAUGCUGAAAAGUCAUCUCGAGAGAAAGGUAGUUGCAAUUCUUCUGAAAAUGACAAAGCUAAAAAUGAACCAGCGUUUAAAGAAAGGAAAAGGAGGAAUUUAAGAGAGAGAGUGUCUAAAAAUGUACAGCUUGGUUUAUCCUCUGAUGCUGAGAAAUCUCCCCUGAAAGAGGAGAGUUCAUCCGAAGAUGCUCUGCGGAGAGAUGAGGGAGAGAGUAAAUCAAGGGCUGUUCCAAUGGAGGAGGAGGAAGAUGAUGAUGACGAUCCUGAGAAUAGGUAUGAUACCAUCCGUAAGGACGUAAAAAAGAUUAUAACACACCCUAGGCGUGGGCGCAAACCGGCGCAACGGAAGAGCAAGCAGGUUGUGAAAACCACGACUGCCUGCCUUGUAAAGACUCACUCACGGGCUUCCCGCAAAAUUGCCAAGAAAAUGCUUUUAGAAGAAAUCAAAGCCAAUCUUUCCUCUGAUGAGGAUGCAUCUUCAGAUGAUGAAUCGGAAGAAGGGAAAAAGAAAACUGGAAAGCCAAACGAAAACACAGGAGAUGAUGAAGAGCACGAAAAGGAAGAGAAUUCUGAAUCCGACUCGGAGGAGGAAGAAGAAUCAAAGAAGCCUAGAUACAGACACAGGCUGCUGAGGCACAAGCUGACAGUGAGUGACGGAGAAUCUGUGAGCAGUGAUGAUUCAAAUGACUCCGAGUUUCAUGAAUCUGCAGUUAGUGAAGAAGUCAGUGAGUCUGAAGAUGACCAGCGUCCAAGAACAAGAUCUGCCAAGAAAGCUGAGGCAGAAGAAAACCAGCGCAGUUACAAACAGAAAAAGAAACGAAGGCGUAUAAAGAUUCAAGAAGAUUCUUCAAGUGAAAACAACAAUAAGAGUAAUUCUGAGGGUGAGGACAAUGAUGAUUCCAAAUCUCCUGGAAAAGGCAGGAAGAAAAUAAGGAAAAUUAUUAAAGAUGAUAAGCUAAGAACAGAAACACAAAACGCCCUUAAAGAAGAGGAAGAAAGAAGAAAACGUAUAGCAGAAAGAGAACGGGAGAGAGAUAAAUUGAGAGAGGUGAUAGAGAUAGAAGAUGCUUCACCUCUGAAAUGUCCCAUUACCACUAAGCUGGUUCUAGAUGAAGAUGAAGAAACCAAAGAACCAUUAGUGCAGGUAGUAAGUUUUCUACACACAGUCUUGCUGUGUGACAAGCUGGAUUUUCGGACAGCUCUGGUAGUGUGUCCACUGAACACUGCCUUGAACUGGUUGAAUGAGUUUGAAAAAUGGCAAGAGAGUCUAGAAGAUGAUGAAAAACUGGAGGUCUGUGAACUAGCGACUGUGAAACGCCCUCAAGAGAGAAGCUAUAUGCUCCAGCGCUGGCAAGAUGAAGGAGGUGUGAUGAUAAUAGGCUACGAGAUGUAUCGUAAUCUUGCACAAGGCAGGAAUGUGAAGAGUAGAAAACUUAAAGAAAUAUUUAAUAAAGCUUUAGUUGAUCCAGGAAAAGUAUUUAUUGCCCCAGAUAUUCCAGAUAUUGCCCCAAAUCUGAAAACCAUGAAGGUGUGCCCCGACUUUGUUGUUUGUGAUGAAGGGCACAUACUAAAAAACGAAGCAUCUGCUGUUUCUAAGGCAAUGAAUUCUAUUCGAUCCAGGAGAAGAAUAAUUCUUACAGGAACACCACUGCAAAAUAAUCUUAUAGAAUAUCACUGCAUGGUUAACUUCAUUAAGGAGAAUUUACUCGGUUCCAUUAAGGAAUUCCGCAAUCGAUUUAUAAACCCAAUUCAGAACGGUCAGUGUGCUGACUCCACUCUGGUGGAUGUCAGAGUAAUGAAGAAGCGUGCGCAUAUUCUCUAUGAGAUGUUAGCUGGAUGUGUUCAGAGGAAAGAUUACACAGCGUUAACAAAGUUCCUCCCACCAAAAUACGAGUAUGUUCUAGAAGUCCGGAUGACACCCAUCCAGUGCAAACUCUACCAGUACUACUUGGAUCAUUUGACAGGUGUAGGUGGUGGCAAUGAAGGUGGAAGAGGCAAAGCUGGAGCUAAGCUGUUCCAGGAUUUCCAGAUGUUGAGCAGAAUCUGGACUCACCCUUGGUGUUUGCAGCUGGACUAUAUUAGCAAAGAAAAUAAGGGCUAUUUUGAUGAAGACAGCAUGGAUGAGUUCAUAGCUUCAGAUUCCGAUGAGACGUCAAUGAGCCUAAGUUCUGAUGAUUAUGCAAAAUCUCGUGGAGGUCGAGAAGGAAAUGCAGAAGAACUUGUAAACAACCCUCCAUCUGUUACAAAAUCGGAUGAAGGCAAAGCUACAUCCUCUUCCAAUCCCGGUAGCCCAGCACCAGACUGGUACAAAGAUUUUGUCACUGAUGCAGAUGCUGAAGUGCUGGAACAUUCUGGGAAGAUGGUGCUUCUCUUUGAAAUUCUUCGAAUGGCAGAGGAGCUUGGAGACAAAGUCCUAGUGUUUAGCCAGUCCCUAAUAUCGCUGGAUUUGAUAGAAGAUUUUCUGGAGCUGGCCAACAGGGAGAAAACUGACAAAGAGAAGCCUCCUAUUUAUAAAGGUGAAGGCAAGUGGUUCAGAAACAUUGAUUACUAUCGCCUCGAUGGUUCAACUACAGCUCAGUCAAGAAAGAAAUGGGCUGAGGAAUUUAAUGAUGAAACUAAUGUGCGAGGCCGCUUGUUUAUUAUAUCCACUAAAGCAGGUUCCCUCGGAAUUAACCUUGUGGCUGCUAAUAGAGUCAUCAUCUUUGAUGCUUCUUGGAACCCAUCGUAUGACAUCCAGAGUAUUUUCAGGGUUUACCGCUUCGGGCAGAACAAACCUGUGUUUGUGUACAGGUUUUUGGCUCAGGGAACGAUGGAAGAUAAGAUCUAUGAUCGUCAGGUAACGAAGCAGUCACUGUCGUUCCGGGUUGUCGACCAACAGCAAGUUGAGCGUCAUUUUACUAUGAAUGAACUUACAGAGCUCUACACUUUUGAGCCAGAUUUGCUGGACGAUCCUAAUUCAGAAAAGAAGAAGAAGAGAGAUACACCAAUGUUGCCAAAA